AUGGCAGACCCAAUUCGCACUCCAGCUGUCGAGCGCGAACCUCCAUCUCUCCCUGCAUCGCCAUCCCCCAAGCGCGUCAAGCACGUUGAACCCGCACCAAACCUCUCAGUUGCAUCGAUCCUGAACGACCCAGCAGCCACUCCCACCCCUCAAUCACCUGCACACAAACAUCAGCAACCAGACAUGGCUGCCGCUGCUACCCACCUCCCUCCGAUGAACCUUGAACCCCCACCACCAGCACUCCAGAUCAAGCUUCUCUCGGCGACAGCUCGUGCUCCUACCCGUGGCAGCGAGUUUGCUGCAGGUUAUGACCUGUACGCUUCAAAGAGCAGCACUGUGCCUGCCAGAGGAAAGGUGCUUGCCGAUACCGACAUCUCAAUCGCCGUGCCCGCCGGAACCUACGGCAGAGUAGCCCCCCGCUCUGGACUCGCAGCAAAGCACUCGAUCGAUGUUGGUGCUGGUGUCAUUGACGCCGACUACCGCGGUCCUCUCAAGGUUCUCCUCUUCAACCUUGGCGAGACCGACUUUGCCAUCAACGAGGGCGACAGAAUUGCACAGCUGAUCAUUGAGAGAAUCUACACACCAGAGGUCCUCGUGGUCGACCAACUUCCCGACAGCGUCCGUGGUGCCGGAGGCUUCGGAUCCACCGGUGGUUUCGCCAACAUCAUCCCACCUGUCAACCCUCCCGUCAACGGAGGUGCUCCCAUUAACGGUCUCUAA